UAUCUCUCUUCCUCCAGAUUCCUUUCACCUCACGAGGAAGUCACUUUUGAGCCGCUCUGUUCGGCCGGUGAGGUGGGGAUGUCUUUACACAUCUACAUCGCUCACACCGGUGAGCAUUUUCUUGCCGAUCCGGUGUCGUUCGCAUCUCCCGAUGCGCUUCGAUCAUGGAUUACCCGAAACACCUCAAUCCCAUCACAGAGGCAGAUCUUAAUGACGGCCCGCGGGAAGAACGUCAAGAUACAGACACUAGCUACUGAGGAUGAGAUUUUCGUGUAUGACCGUAGAUAUGUUAGUGAACCGAACGACCAAGACCUCCCGGUCCUCCCCUCUCCACAACCGCUCAACCUCGAAAACCCUCCCGAUACCCUCGCCGAUCAGAAUAACCUACAGGCCUGGCGGAACCUGUACAUGGCCAGACGAACGUGGGCCGUGGCUUUGCUGGAGCGCUGCAAGUCUGUAGAUAAGGUCAUACAAGAGCACAACGAGAGGACCAACAUUAUCAACCGCGCUAUCAGUGUGGCUCUUGAGAACUUGAAAACUCACGUGGGCGCCUUGGAACAUCGGUUCACAGAAGCCCAGGCAUGGGCAAAUGAUCUCUUGAAGGAACAACAAGCAGCUCUUGACGGAUGGAAACGAACUCUCGCGACCUUGGAGAACAUUCCAGCUCGAAAGGACAUUACUUUCCUAGGACGUCCAUCCACUCCAACGAAGGGCAAGGACAGAUCCACGGGGACGUUACGUGACUAUCUGGAUACAGAAGAAGUGCACAGAGCUGGCUCAGAGGCAGCGGAUGUAUCCUCGCGUAUUGCUCGUCAGGUUGAAGUUGUGGAGAAGGCUGUUGGUGGGAUUGCUGCAGACACUCAGCACUUGGUAGAUUCUACGGUCCCUUCGGGUGUGGACGGCAUUGAAGGCCUAUUGCAAGAAGUGGAAACCAUAUCUAAGAAGAUACAAUCCGACUAUGAACAUGUCUUGGCUUUGCCCAACAACCAGAAAACGCUAGCCAACGUCUCUAGACUUGCCCUAAGUCAUACCAAGGACCUCUUACCAUCGCUGUUGGACAUUAGUACCGAGAUCCAGACCAACUUGGAGGAGGCCGUCAUGCAAUACAAUGCUGCAGUUAAAGCCGCUUUUAGUCAUAUGCGACAAAUAUCAUCGCUCGAGCUACGACUUGCUGAUGUGCAGUCUCAGAUAAACAAUCUGAAUUUUCAAAGCGAUGCGUUCGACAUCUUGUACACAGUUUUCCACAUGCCCAUGGUUUAUGGGUCUGUGUUGAUUGAGUCUGUUCGACGCCGCGAGUUCAGCGACAAGAUGAAGAGCGAUUCGCUCACUUUAGCGGAGGAAAUGUCCGUGUUUCAGGAUGAGGAGCAACGCCGAAGAAAAAAAUGGAUGAAAAAUAUGGGUGAAUUCAUUUCUAUUUCCGACACUACUGCACCGGGGAUCGAAGUUAACCUACGAGGCCAAGAGUAUGAAUGGCCGGUAGUCAGUAGGAAGGAGAUCGAAUCGUACAUUGAAGAAUUGAAGACUAAACCUGGUAUGGCCAGCCCAGCCCAGGAGUUGACCCAACUCUAUAAAGAAUUGGACGCUCCUACACGCCUACAACGCCGCAAAGCAAAGGCCUUCAAACAAGGCAGUGUCUUCGACCUCAGCCGAAGCUCUCUUUUGCUUCGCAGUGAUGACAUGGUACGGAGCUUGAGGGAUGAGAAGUCCAAACUAGAAGAGAAGAUUAAAGGUUCUGAAAGCCGUAUUCGGAAGCUUGAAGACCUGCUACAUCGCCAGAGUCACAUGGGGCGACCGGUUAGUGGGAACUUCUCGCUUGACUUUCCUAGCUCCCCUGCAUCGCCGCACCCCGAUACACUGUCGCGAAGAUCUUCUGUCUCUUCAAGACGGAUGUCCUCGAACCAAUCUUCAGAGGAGAAGGCCCUAGUGCAGCGUAUUGUCCACCUCGAAGCUGAGUUGGCUACAGAACGGGAGACAGUUCAGAAGCUCCAAAGGGAAGCACAUGCAGAACGUCAAUCCAACACUGACAAGAUACAGGAGGCGCAGUCCACGAAAAAAGAUCUGAUUGGAAAUCUUGAAGCCCGGCAGCGUGAGUUUGAUGAUGAGCGGAGGUUCCUCGAAAACGAAAUGAAAAGGUGUAAGAUUCGAGCCGAAGAGCUCGAGGAGGAGUUGGAUAGAAUGGUGGAGGGCCGGGAGCAUGAGAAACAGGAUGGCGACGAGCGGAUUCACCAGCUUGAGAUGGAGCUCCAAGAUGCUCAUGCCCGUGCAGAAGGAGAGAUACAAAAGGUGACUGACUUGACGGCAUACGUGCAGUCUCUUAAGGAGACGGAAGAGGGUUUGCAAACUCGAAUUAAAGAUCUGGAGAAGCAAGAAUCAGAAAGAAAAUGUAGGGAUCGAGAGAAUAUUCAUUCUUUACAAGCGGCUUUCAUGAACUUGUCCCCUGGCGGCACCGUCCCAGUGGAGAUUCCUAGCAUUAUCAAGGCCAUUGAAGUACUUUCCGAAGGGCUAUCGAUUCAUGCGAAGAAUGCUGAAGAAAGCACCGCCAAAGCUGUAGCCGAAACCAAGGAGCUUGAAGAGCGCCUGAAACAAGUCGAGUCGGAAGCCGAAGAACUAAGGGAGACAUCAGAAAUGCGCGCAUCAGAGCUGUCCGAAGUCAAAAAGGAGCUGGUGCAAGAGAGAUCAAGACUGGAAACUGUUACAUCCGAGCUGGAUGACGAACGCACCAAGUUUAUUGCUCUGCAGUCUAAAUUGGCAUCAGGCGAGACUGGCUCUGACGCACUUCGGGAACGCGUCAUAGAGGAAGAACGAAAACUGGCGGACCUGUCUCAAAGAUUAGCCGAAGUCGAAGCUCAGGCUCGGCAGGCUGAGGACGAGAUCCUGAUUUGGAAGACAAGGGUGGAGGCCAUGGCUGAAACUGAGCAGCACGCUGUUGGUAAAGUUGAGACUUGCGGGACAAGGUCUCAAGAGCUUUCAAAGCAGCUAUUCAGGCAAGUUGAAAAAUUUGAGCAUAUGUUGGAGCAAUUGGGCUUCACUGUUGUCCGGCAGAAUGGAGAUAUUGUUGUCCACAGGUCUUCCAAAGUCAAUGCACUUUCGAGCACUGCGGAUUCCCUCAGCCAGUCUGGGGUGGUAUCUGUAAGGCCCGACCCAACACUUCUUGACUGGAUGCACGCCAAUAGCGCCGAAGAGGAGACCGAUAGGUUUAUGGCUUUCAUGGAAUCACUAUAUCAGUUCGAUGUGGAUAUCUUCGGAGACGCGAUUGUCAAGCGUGUUAAAGACAUUGAGGUGCUUGCUCGCAAAUGGCAGAAGGAAGCGAGAGGAUACCGGGAUAAAUAUCAUCGGACUCAAAGUGAAGCCCAUGACAAGAUUGCCUACCGUUCCUUCAAGGAAGGGGAUCUUGCGUUGUUUCUACCGACGCGAAACCAAGCCAUCCGAUCAUGGGCUGCCUUCAACGUCGGAGCACCACACUACUUCUUGCGCGAGCAAGAUGCCCAUAAGCUCAAUACCCGAGAUUGGCUGCUUGCACGUAUCACGAAGAUCGAGGAACGGGUUGUGGAUCUUUCUAGAUCAAUGAAUGCUGCUAAUCCUGACCGUCGAUCAAUUGGAGAGGCUAGCGAUGGCACCUCUUUCGACGAUGAGAAUCCAUUCGAGCUGUCUGACGGCCUUCGCUGGUACCUCUUGGAUGCCAGCGAGGAAAAACCAGGUGCACCAGCAACGCCAGGCUUAGGCAAGAGCACCGUUGCACCAGCACACGUAGAUGCGCGGGGCAGCAUUCGAUUGAAGCGCACGACGGCCGGAGGCAAUGUUGCCAGAACGUUAAGCAAGAGCCUGGAUAGUCGACGUAACAGCUCUAAUUCUAAAAGAGGCCUGGCCACGCCGUCACAACGGGGCAAUGAUUCUACAACUGACCUUAUUCGACAAGCUGAAAUAGAAUCUACAACUGCAACUGCAGGCUCGCAGCCACGGGAGGCAGCCCUUACUUCAGGAGAGGUUCGCCGCGACCAGCUCCAGGGCCCGUGAAACACACGGACCGUUUUCCUUUUCUGCGCUGAAUUGCUGAAAGGAGCUGACGAUCCGUCAUAGGGCUUGGCACGAACACGCAGCGCUCUUGGAUUUGGGCAGCAGCGACAGGCAGAUGGUGCAAGAUCUCCUUUGUCUUCGCGGUUUGACAAUCUUGGCGCUGUAUCCUCGUCACAAUCAACACCGAGCCGGCGGCAAGCUACUCGAUAUCGACCGUGGGAGAAGCUCUGGUCUGUGGACUAUCGCUUGGAGGGCGGAAGUCGAUAAUUCAAGCGAACAACAGUAUGAGUAACUUUCAGGAAGCUGUGCUAGAGCUUCAGAUUUAUACGUCAUGAAAUUGCAUGAAUGAUACCCGUCGACCUGGA